CUCAACUUUAAGUCCGAAGGUCCCGCUGUCGCUUUCACAUUGGACCAGUUCAAGUCUUUUUAACGCACUAAUAUGAGGCACUUUGGGGAAUAUCUAUUGAUUUGGGACACAUACCUCUGCUGAUCCACACGAAGGUUUAUAUUACAAAUAACGUUAUAAUUUUCAUUACGCUAGAAGGAGGGUGAUCAUGAUGUCUGAUGCCAGUGAGAUGUUAGCUGCUGCUCUGGAGCAGAUGGAUGGCAUCAUUGCAGGUUCUAAGGCAAUGGGCUACACCAAUGGCCUAUUUGAUUGUCAGUCACCGACUUCGCCCUUCUUGGGCAGCCUCCGGGUGCUGCACCUCCUGGAGGAUCUGAGGGUGGCGCUGGACCUGAUGGAUCCAGAGGAGAAGGAGAGUCUGCGCAGUCAGGUGUCUGAAACCACAGCUGAGGGUCUGGCAGAGUGGCUGAAAGGUCGACUGACCAAUGGCCAUGGAUCUGCAGGAGAGAAUUUGGUCUAUCAGGAGCAACUCUCUCGCUUGGAAAGUGACAAAGAAUGUCUAGUGCUCCAGGUGAGUGUUCUGACAGACCAGGUGGAGGUUCAGGGAGAAAGGAUAAGGGAUCUAGACACGUGCCUUGAGGAACACCAGAUGAAACUGAAUGCCACAGAAGAAUUACUUCAGCAGGAGCUGCUUAGUAGGAGUGCUUUAGAAACUGAGAAACUGGAACUGCUGACAGAGGUAUCGAGUCUGAAACUAAAACUGGCCUCUGCAGAGGGGGAUUACAGAGAAAGUGAGGGUCUUUAUCAGGAGGUGAAAGUCAUGCAUCUCAAGUUGACUAGCAUGGAAGAUGAGAGACAAGAGUAUGAGAGAAAUCUUAACUCUACCAAAGAACAGCUGAUAGCACUACAGAAGCAGCUGGAGGAGAGAGAGCAGGCACUUAAAAGACUUCAGGAUCAGGCUCAACUGGAGCCCAUGACCCCAGAGCAGUCGCAAAGCAGAGAGAAAGAUAUUGAAGUGCAGAGAAUGAGGAGCACUGUUGCGUCUUUAAAGGCAGCUAAUGAUGAGAAGGAUCUUAAGAUAAAAGAGCUGCAGCAGUCCCUGAUGCAUUACAAGAGAGUUCAGGAUAUGGUGAUGUCCGUGCAAGUAUCGAAAGACAAACCCAGCGAAGAGGACACAAUGGAGGGGCUAUGUGAAGGGACAGCCACAACAAACACAGAUACUGAGAACAUCUCCACGGGAGGCACAGAGGAAUCUGAUGAACCUCACCUCAUUCCAUGCACAGAACUCUUUCCUGAAGUUGACCUUACCAGUGUGACCACACUUGGACCUCAUGCACAAAGAGCUACAGACAGUGUCUCUGUAGUAAAUCAGCCAGAAACGCCUCGUUUGGCAAGCAGUAAUGAGUAUGAAACAAGUAAAAAUGGAGGCUCCCCAUCCAUCUCCCCCUCUCAGCCCACCUCAGGAGGGAGUGAGAGUUUUGGCACUAAGAAAAUGCGCUCCUCUUUUGGGCGUGGCUUUUUCAAGAUCAGAGGAAACAAGAUGGCAAGCAGCGCCCCCAACCUAGUUGAGGGGGAACAGAAGGGGACUGAACACUUGGACUUAGCUGGAGCACCACCCAGGAAGCCAAAAGCAUUAGACACACUCUCCCCUGAAGGGAAGAAGAAAUCAAAGGGGAUCAUGAAGUUCUUUGGAAGGAUGAAGAGAAGUGAGUCCACCUCCUCUGAUUUGGAUGAUUCUCCGGAGUCAGAGUUUAAGAGAGGUGGAGUUCGAGCUACAGCGGGACCCAGACUGGGCUGGUCACGUGACCAGCAGCGGAGCAACAACAAUGAGCUGGACAACCCCUUUGCGUGCUGGAAUAAACAGCAGGUGUGUGAGUGGCUGCAGGAGCAGGGGCUAGGGUUGUAUAUAAACCAGGCGCAGCAAUGGAUCCGCUCCGGACAGACCUUAUUGAAGUCAUCACAGCACGACUUGGAAAAGGAAUUGGGCAUCAGGCACCCUUUACACAGAAAGAAACUGCAACUGGCUCUUCAGGCGCUGGGCUCAGAGGAGGAUGCCAUGGGUAAACUGGACUAUAACUGGGUUACCCGAUGGCUGGAUGACAUUGGUCUGCCUCAGUAUAAGUCUCAGUUUGAUGAGGGCCGGGUGGACGGGCGUAUGCUUCACUAUAUGACUGUGGAUGACUUGUUGGGUCUGAAAGUGGGCAGUGUGCUCCACCACCUCAGUAUAAAGAGGGCCAUCCAAUUGCUACGUAUCAACCGCUAUGACCCCAACUGCCUCCGCCGCAGACCGACAGAGAAUAACGUCACACCUGCAGAAAUCUGUCAAUGGACCAAUCACAGAGUAAUGGAGUGGCUUCGCUCAGUGGAUCUGGCAGAGUACGCACCCAACCUGAGAGGAAGUGGAGUCCAUGGAGGCCUUAUGGUUUUAGAGCCUCGUUUCAAUGUUGAGACCAUGGCCUUGCUUCUUAACAUCCCGCCAAAUAAGACGCUUUUGAGGCGUCACCUUGCGACCCAUUUCCAUCUUCUGAUUGGUUCAGAGGCACAGAGGCUGAAACAGGAGUAUCUUGAAAACCCAGAUUAUGCUGUCCUCACAGCCACAGCCAAAGUUAAGCCAAGGCGUCUGUCAUUCGGAGGUUUCGGGACAUUGAGGCGGAAACGGCAGGAGGAGAUGGAGGAGUAUGUUUGCCCCAUGGAUGUGCAGAUGCCUCAGAGCAGCAGUUUCCAAGGCCUUUGCAUAUAUGAGGACAGCUUGGAUCAGCUGGAGCAGAUGGAGGACUCUGAGGGCACAGUGCAACAGAUUGGCACCUUCUCAGAGGGACUCAACAACCUGACUAGCAUGCUGAAAGAGGAUGCAUUCUUCAGGGAAGUAUCCUCACAUCCACCUAAAGCAAGUGCCACAGUUGACUAAAAUGUAUAAAACUGUCAGUCAUCACAUAUGCUUUUAGCAGUGAAAUAUCCCAAUGCGUUUCAAGCCUCCAGCAAACCUGAGGGUCAGGCAUUAAGCUCAACUCAAAGUGAAUUCAACUGGCUCUUCAAGUUGCCUAUUCCUCAGUAUUACACACAUUCAACCAAAACACAGUAACCCCCAACACCCAAUAGUAUAAUAUGUUCAUGAAAUGUUAUUUAUUUGUCCAUUUAGGAUCUGCGGCAUAUACCGUAAUUCAAACAGCGUUUGAGUGUUUGCACCAAGCUAAAACCAAAGACUACACAUGACAAAGGCCAAACAUUUGUAUACUCUAAAUUUUUGUGAUGAUUUUUUCAUGUUUUGAUUCUUUUUCAAUUGUUUACAUAAUGUUUAUUGGAGGGAACAUUUUUCAUUUUGCCGGCAAACUAUUGAUAUUGUUAUUCCAUGACCAUAUCAGUGAAAACCAUGUACUGUGUACUGUUUUAAGCGUUUAUGUCAAUAAAAAAUUGUUUUAAAAGA